UGUCAUAGAGAAAAUCAGAGAACUGUUGUUUUGUUAAUCACAAACUUUAUAAUUUGUUUAUGGACUAUAUUCUUCGUUCUGACAAAAUUGACUUUGUUCAAGCAUCAAACAUCGAAGAUCAUUCAAGUAGUUAGUAUUAAACAACAAAAAUCAACAUGAGCAACUCUAAGUCUAAGAAGGAAAGCUAUGCUCUGCGCCAGCAGAAAUACAGUAACGCUAUCAUCCGGGGCCGUCGACACGUCCCCACCCCUGAAGCCGUUCCACCGUCCUCUCUCCUGGAUGCCCCCCCACUGUCUCCUGUACCACUGCCUUCACUCCCCAGGGAGCGUAUACCUAAGUGGGACAACCCGCCAAGACUCGUCACCAACCUAAACAGGAAACAACCAGCUCCUCAGGGUGGAUUCACGGCAGCUAACAGGUAUGCCAAGACUCCCACACACCCGGACGAAAAUGCCACGGUGUUUGAAGAGUAUGCAGAAAGGAUGAAUGAUAUCCAACAAAAGCAGAACAACAUGGGAGAGGGCAAGCGACCAAGGAAACCCUCCAGACGUCCGCAGACCCCAGCUCUUGUCUCCAUGAUGAUGGGCUCUAGGAAUGAUGAAAACAUGACAGAAAUGGAUUGCUACGUGGCAACGAUGGAUUCCAAGAAAAAGGUACGCGAGCCCAUGGGAGCUGACAAAACACGGGCCAGAACAGCCCGCAAGCACGCUGCGAAAACUCCCACGUUGAAGUCUGUGGAAGAGCAACAGGUAUUCUCACUCGGACGUUAUGAGGAGAGAAACCCAACAAAAGCAGUGCUCAACGACUGGAUGGAUCAUCUCAAAGAGGAGUUCAACUCUACCGACCCUGCUGGAGCUCCCACCCCCACGAUGGACAAGCAGGCAGACUGCGGAGCAGCUGUGGUGGAGCAGGUGAUGGAAGCAGACACAAACCACGAGGCUAAGAAGAAGAAAAAGAAGAACAAGAAGAAGCAGAAAACUCGUGUGGAGACACCACCUGACUACACGGCAAAUGUCGGGCUCGACAACGUGAGCAUGACGUCUCUUGAAGCACGUGACCUUGACUGGCAGGAUGAAGGUCGAGUACGGAGCUGUUACAAGACAUCCCCACAGCCUGGACACCUGAGCAGGGAGGCUGACACACCCACCAUCCAGGACAAGACAAAGGACUGGAUGUACUUCAUCAGGAAAGCUGGGCUUGAGGAGAUGAUGGAGUCAGACCCUACCAGGAACAAGGACAGGAGGACACCGGUCCAGGGCAAAGCCACCAAGAACAAGCACAAGGCAAGGAAGGAGAGGCUUGUCCUACCCAGCCUGACUUCAGAUCCAGGACUGAUGCUGCAGGGAACCAAACUUCACACACCUGGUGUAAGCCUCCCCUCCAUAGGAGAUGGUGUUCUCUCCACUGCUGCCAGACCCAACAUCCCUGAUGAGGACAUGGGAACACAGUUGCCACCGCUGCAGUUUGGCACCAAGCAAGUCGGGAAGACGACAUCAGAAACUGUGACCUUCAAACAGCCCAGCGACAAGUCCAAAGUCCGCAGCACCAAGCGGCGCCAGAAGACCGACCGCGCCUCGCUGAAGGACAAAAAGUCCCAAAAACGGCGCCAUAAAAGCCCCAACCCCUCAUCACCUGACUUCCCCUGAAACUGCUGUGUGUAUAUAUCAUCAUGUUCAACAAUAGCACCUAAAACUGUGAGUAUAUAUUAUUCUCAACAACAGCACCUGAAACUGUGUAUAUAUUUAUCACUUUCAACAACAGCACCUGAAUCUGUGUGCAUAAAUCAUCAAUCCUUUUCAUCAACAGCACCUGAAACUGUGUAUAUAUUAUAAUUUUCAACAACAGCACCCAAAACUGUGUGUAAUAUAUAUUAUCACUUUCAACAACAGCACCUGAAACUGUGUGUAUAUGUAAAUAUUAUGUAAAACUUUGUUGUUUAAUCGACAUUAUUCCUGUGCAAUCUUUCAGUAGUUUAAUGUACAGCACCUGAAACUGUGUGUAUAUAAUCAUAUGUAAAACUGUAUUGUACAUUAUACCUAAUAGUAUAUAAACUCCCAGUUGUUGAAUGUACAGCACCUGUCAUAAUGUUCAGAUAGAAAUUAUGCUGGAGAAUGUUACAUACCUUUCUGCAAUCCUUAUUGUACAGUCCGAAAUACACAUUUAGGUUGUUUAGGCACAAAUUAUGCUGGAGAGACAGAAUUUACAAUGUACUAAUUUAUAGUCCCAAAAUAUGUCAGACUCUGUGCAAUCGCUUUUUGUAUACUGACACAAAGAUUUGUAUAAUGACUUGAUGUAGUUUUGCAUACUGACAUGAAGUUUGGUAUCCUGACAUGUGGUUAUGUAUAAUGACCGGGGUAUUUUUUGUACAUGUAUGAUAUAACACAAUUUUGAUGUUUAUUCUGGGGAGAGAAAAAAUUGUAUUUGAUUAUCUGCACCUUUUUGUACAGCCCAAGAUUGUUACAUAUUAUUUUUUAUUUCAAUCACUGUUAUAGACUGUAGGAGACAGUCCAUGUGAUUUUCCAACACUGCAACAGAUCCUACAGGUCUUCC